UCAUGGGAAAUUCUGGAUCGGUGGAUUGGAGCGACGAUAACACUUUGUCUGGUCAGAAGAAACGGAGAGGGGGAAGAGACAACAAAUACAGAGACAGCAGGGGGUCAUUUGGGGGAGAGGCUUUCAGUCUGCUGAAACAAUACAAGGAAGAAUUGGACGAGGAAACGCGUUCUCCUGACUUCGACGCCAAGCUCCAGCGGGUGGGCAGUCGACCGCUGGUGUGUGUGGACACUACGAGUGCCAGGACCAACUCGGCUGUCGUCAAGUCCUGUCUGGACCAGCUUGGUUGGCACGAGAUACACCGCAGUUUCGCGAAUGGCAGGGGAAAGAAGAUUCCCCACAUCUACUGGAGUGCAUGCAACAUCACAGACGUGUUCCCCAUGCAACUGUCCAGUGUGAGGGAGACGAGUGUGAACAAACUGCCGGGCAUGGUGGAGUUGGCCAGAAAACAGGACUUCACCAUUCUGAUGCGGAGGAUGCAGGCAUUGUUUCCUGCUGAGUACGACUUCUACCCCGAGUGUUGGCUCCUCCCCCAAGAGACCAAGAUCCUGCUGCAACACCACGAGGAAGCCAGGAGGGAGGGCAAGAGACAGUGGUACAUUCUAAAACCAGAUGGGGGCUCACAGGGCACUGGCAUCCGAAUAGCAGACCACCCUCUGAAACUAGAAGCAGAGGAGGGAGGGGGGAGUAACAAGAAGUAUGUGGUGCAGAAGUACAUUGAGGAUCCAGUGCUCAUUGAUGGACUGAAGUUUGACCUGAGGACGUAUGUGUUGAUUAGGAAACUGCAGCCACUUGAGAUUCUGUUUGCAAGUGAGGGUAUGGCCAGAUUCUGCACAAUGGAGUACACAGUGCCCACUAAGGAGAACAUGAGGAAGACAUUCAUGCACCUGACCAACUACAGUCUGAACAAGAACAGUCCCCACUAUGUAGAGACCCCCUCCCCCACCAGUGGAAGCAAGAGAGUCAUGAGUAGUGUGUUGAGUCAGCUGGAAGAGAUGUAUGGCACUGGCGCAUUCCAGGCGAAGAGAGCAAGAAGGAAGAUUGAGGAGAUCAGCGUGAAGAUAGUGCUGGCUAUGAUGCCCGACUUACUAAUACACUACCACUACGAGUUCGCAUCCUCGUCCCCCAAACCACAGUGCUUCCACAUA